UAUUAUAUAAAGUUUAUAUUCAAUCUACAUUAUAUAAAGUUUAUAAUCAACCUAUAUUAUAUAAAGUUUAUUAUCAACCUAUAUUAUAUAAAGUUUAUAUUCAACCUAUAUUAUAUAAAGUUUAUAUUCAACCUAUAUUAUAUAAAGUUUAUAAUCAACCUAUAUUAUAUAAAGUUUAUAUUCAAUCUACAUUAUAUAGAGUUUAUAAUCAACCUAUAUUAUAUAAAGUUUAUAUUCAACCUAUAUUAUAUAAAGUUUAUAUUCAACCUAUAUUAUAUAAAGUUUAUAUUCAAUCUACAUUAUAUAGAGUUUAUAAUC